GUUUCAGUAUGCCAUAUCAGUAUCAUUUUUAAGAGUCACUUAAGUGUAAAGUGCCUGAUAUUCAUACAAUUUUGACAAGCAAUCCUCCCCCUUUGGUCUACCGGUCCUCUCAAAGUCUUCAGCAACACACAAAUCCCUCGCCAACACAACUGCAACAAGCCCAGCCCUACAAAUGUAAACUGCCUGAUAGCCAUGUAUCUUUGACGAAAAGUCUCCCCCCUUGCUCCAUUCAUCUCCUGAGAUUCCUUCACCACGACAUCAAUUCCUUGCGCACUCACGACUGCACCAGCUCCAAUCCCAAAAACGUAACAACUGCCGUCCCAUAACACAGUGUCCAGAAUCCACCGUCCCACUAUUCUAGCCCCUGCGUCGCUACUCAUGUAUCAACCACACGCACGAGAGUCCAUGCCAAACUCAAAACUCCCAUUUCCUUCUGCUUCUGCUUCCCUCUGAAAUAGUACCAAUGCAGGGCUCUUGCAGCGACCGGAUUACACACGCUGAGGAAUGACAUUCCUUUGCCGGCUACUCGUGGGGCACGAGACUGGCUGUGAGGUUGACGUCAAGGCUGGGCUGGUGUUGAAAUAGGCCCGUGUUUAUGGGAUCCCGCCAAUCGCUUCCCCUGCAUCCUGAUCUGGCCAACUACAAUUAGAGCUGAUGGUCCUCCACAGACCCACUGCCACUGCCAUGCCGGACAUGAGGUUUCAGAGGAAAUCUACCUCCAUAGAGGAUCGAUCUUGAGAAUCAUAGUUGGGCAUGCCCCAUGCUCGCAGCUAGUGUAUACAGUGGCUGCAAAUCGUCAGAAAGCAUUCCUUCCUUAUAUAAAGGCAAGUGCGCUUCUCUGUAGACAUUCUUUCUCAUCAUAUUAUCCGCUCUUCCACUCCAUCUUCACCUUUAUCUUCAUCUCCUAUCAACCCACAUCAGUACCUACACAACCACCCCAAGACUCAAUAUGUCCCUCAUCAAGAACGUCGCAGUUGUUGGAGCCGGUGGAGCUCUUGGAGUUCCGGUACUCAAAGCCCUGAUCGACUCUGGCAAAUUCAACGUCACUGUCAUCGCUCGUCCAGACUCGAAGUCAACCUUCCCUUCCUCAGCCAACGUCAUCAGAGCAGACUACACAUCCAUGGACUCCCUCAUAUCCGCCCUCAAAGGCCAAGAUGCUCUCGUCUUGACGAUUGGUCUGGAAGGAUCAUCUGGUCAAUUACUCCUCAUCGAUGCUGCAAUUGCAGCAGGUGUCAAACGCAUCCUGCCUUCCGAUUUUGCAGCUGACCUAAGCAAGCCCAAAGCAGCGGCUCUUCCUGUCUUCGCCCCCAAAGUGGCUACACGAAAAUAUCUAGAGGACAAGGUCGCAGCUGGCGCUGAUAUAACUUACACAUAUGUUGUUACCAGCGUAUUCCUGGACUGGGCUCUCGAAGUUACCCUCCUUCUAGAUUGGAAGUCGGCCGAACCACCACUGUACAACGGCGGAGAGUUUGAGUUCAGCGCAACGACUCUCGCAUCAGUAGCACAAGCUGUUGUCGGAGUCUUGAGUCACCCAGAAGAGACGAAGAACCGACCCGUCUACGUCCAAGAUAUUGUCAUCUCACAGAAAAAACUGCUCGACUUGGCGAGAAAGGUCGCGCCUGAGAGAAAGUGGACCCCAAUUACAGUCAGCCUCGAUGAACAGAAAAAAUGGGCUGAUGAGAAAUGGGCUGAGGGUAAUCCUUCGCCGUCUGUGGUGUAUACCUACGUCCGCGUGGCGGCAUUCCAAGAUGGGCACGGAGGUCGGCUAGAGAAGCUGGACAAUGAGCUUCUUGGUGUCGAAGGUAAGACGGACGCUGAUGUCGAGGCCAUCUGGGAAAAAUUGUUGGCAUAAUAUUAGAUAUCAAUCAUGGGAGAUUUGGGUCUA